ACCGAGUCUAGAGCUACCUUACCUACCACCGCUCAACUUCACUCUCUUCAUGCUGUUGAUUCAUUGCGUUUCAACUCCAACUUCUAGGCUCUUCUUUUUCGUUCCCACUUAUCUCCCAGCUAUCCUCUUUUUAUAGACCCUUUCUUUCUCUACAAACCGAGAAUACUCAGCCUCCAAAGGCAGCAAAGAGAGCACGAAAGACCCCACCAAAGAACAUCAUAGCGACAGCUCUUUAGAUAUCUUUCACCAUGUUGCUGCGACUCCGCGGCCCCGAUGGCAUGGCCCGUCUGAAUGUCGAGCCCACAACUACCUUUGGAGAUCUGGGAAAGCUGCUGCUCGAUCAACUACCCAAGACCGUUGAUCCCAAAACUCUAGCUCUAUCGAACGCACCGAACGGAGGAGACUCAAAGCGCCUAGGGGACAUCGUCAACUUCAAAGUUGGUCAGAUUGGCCUCAAGCACGGCGAUCUCAUCUUUCUCACCUACCAACAUACCGACGAUGCCAACGGUGACGCACCCGAAACCUCUAACACAUCUGCCAGGCUUAACGGAAAACCUGUACUACCGACCGAAGACCUUCCCAUCAACCCCAAACCCGAAAGGAUCGCCAGGCCUUGGGAAGUAAUUCGCCAAUCCGCCUUGGACGACCGAUUAGACCGACAGGAUGGCAAGAUCCCCCGAGGCAUCGAUCGCAUGUGUCGCCAUGGUCCCAAGGGCAUGUGUGACUACUGCCAACCACUCGAUCCUUUCAACCCCGGAUAUCUCGCGGAGAAGAAGAUCAAAUACCUAUCCUUCCACUCAUACCUACGAAAGAUCAAUGCUGCGACCAACAAGCCCGAGCUAGGCGCUUCAUACAUUCCUCCCCUGGUUGAGCCCUACUAUCGAGUCAGGCAUGAGUGCCCUUCUGGUCAUCCCCCUUGGCCUGAGGGUAUCUGCACCAAGUGCCAGCCCAGCGCCAUUACUCUCCAGCCUCAACAAUUCCGAAUGGUCGAUCAUGUCGAGUUCUCUUCGCCUGCUAUUAUCGACACCUUUAUUGACACCUGGCGAAAGACCGGAUCGCAACGCCUAGGUUACCUUUACGGAAAAUAUACUGAGUACACUGAAGUCCCCCUUGGUGUUAAAGCUGUCGUGGAAGCCAUAUAUGAACCUCCUCAGGUUGAUGAGCUUGAUGGUAUCACAAUGAACGCCUGGGAGUCGCAAAAGGAGGUCGACAGGGUCGCCAAGCAGUGCGGCCUAGAGCCCGUGGGAGUAAUCUGGACUGACCUGCUGGAUGCUGGCAACGGCGAUGGCACAGUGGUUUGCAAACGUCAUGCCGACUCCUACUUCUUGUCCUCCCUGGAGAUUUGUUUCUCUUCGAGGUUGCAAGCUCAGUACCCUAAACCUUCCAAGUGGAGUGACACGGGCAGCUUUGGUUCAAAUUUUGUCACAUGUAUCAUCACCGGUAAUGAGCAGGGCGAGAUUUCGAUCUCCUCCUACCAGAUGUCCAACGAAUCUGUGGAAAUGGUUCGUGCUGACAUUGUUGAGCCGUCAGCUGACCCUAAUGUCAUGCUUGUACGCGAUGAGGAGGAAGACGACGGCUCUGUCAGCCGUACAAGAUAUAUCCCCGAAGUUUUCUACCGCAGGGUCAACGAAUACGGCGCCAACGUCCAGGAGAACGCCAAACCAUCGUUCCCCGUCGAGUAUCUGUUUGUCACACUGACCCACGGUUUCCCCGCGGACCCUAAGCCUAUGUUCACUCAGCAAGGUUUCCCUAUCGAGAACAGAGAAUACGUCGGCGAGAGUCAAGAGCAUUCCGCUCUGUCCAAGUUUCUCAAGCUAUCACCUGGUCAGAAGCCCACGGGCCAGGAGGUCUCCAACUUUCACCUUCUCUGCUUCAUUCAGCAGAUGGGCGUCCUCUCCAAGGACGAAGAAGCUCUACUCUGCCGUGUAGCGAGCCAACACGAUCUUGCCGAUACAUUCCAGCUCCGUUCUACCGAGGGUUGGCAGACCCUCCAGGCCAUCCUUCAAUCGACUGGUGAGAGAAUCCCCAAGCGUCAGCGGGAGGAGGACGGUGCUCCCUCGCCCUCUUCCUCCUCAUCCUCUUCUUUUCAAAAUUCCAUUCGCGACUCGGGAGAACCCCUUGCUAAGCGAUUUGCUGCCUUCAGGCUAAACGAGCGCUGGACCAAGUCCGCCAAUCCACCGCCACCCUAGUCAAUAAAGAGGUAUUGGGUAGAAGGGAAGACAGUAGGGGUCAGAUAGAGGUUUAGAUGAGACGUGGAACCCAAAAAGUGGUGAGGCUGGAUUCGGUUUUCUUGCUAGAUAUUUUCUUAACUUCCUUCACGUGGAAGAUGAUAUUGCAUGUAUAGCUGAGGCGGCGUUAAGGACAGGUAUCGGAGCAUAUAGGCAAUACUUUCAUUGGGCGGCUUCCUCGGCUUGAAUCAAAAGAAUUGUACAUGUUUA